CCACACGUCACUUCCGGGAACUCACUCCACAAAGAUGGCGGCCUCGUUGGAGGGAAAGGAAUUAGAGAAUGUGCGGCGUCGGUUUGCCGAGUCCUUCCGGUGGGAGGUCGGGGUGACAGAAGCCGGUGUGACAGAGGCCGAUGAUGACGAAAAUGAAAAGAAAAAACAAAAACCUCUUCCAAGAAUAAACAUCCAUUCCGUGUUUUGGAUAUUGGCGGCAGUUGCUGUAACGCACUAUGUUGACUUCCUGCCGGCUGUCCAUCUGAACUUACAAGAAGGCUGUACAUGGCUUCUUGUGGGCGCAGUGUCUCUGGUUGUCAGUAUGUCCGUUGCUCUUUAUUGCAUCGUUUAUUUGGAAUGGUAUCGUGGGAUUUGUGAUUAUGACGCCAAGUAUCCGGGGCUUGUACCGGUUGCAAUUCUUACAUUCCUAGUAGCUGCAGUAUGUGUCAAUGUUUCCUUAUGGCCGGUGUGGUCAUAUUUUACCCCACUGAUACUGUUUACACAGUUUAUGGGUUUUGUCAUGCUGGUCUCACUGCUUGGAUGAGCACACACAAGUUGCGUCUAGAAGUGGUGGACUUGGAAUGAUGUCCUAUCCUUGCACUUAAAGUAGUCCUCUAUUUUUCUGAUGAUGUAUCGGUUAUUGGCAUCUGACACAGGAAGCAGAUGAUUCAGAAAAGCUUCAAUCUCCCCUAUGGGAAUACCAGUUACUGUUUUAAAGUGUGUAUAUAUAUAUAUAUAAGAUGUAAACGACUCCAGCGGUAUAGGUUACACAUCCUGUCCUUUUUGUCCCCACUUCUUGCAAAAAUACCCAUGGUAGUGAUCUCUCCUGCCUAUCUCUUAUCCCAUCCCUGCCCAUAUAUACAUAACCAAUAUACUGAAAUUAAUAUUAAUUUAACAGAGAUGAUACAGGUCCCUAAAUGUGGAGUGGAAAUAAAGAUUGCUAAUUAAGCUGAACUCCAAGCUAAACACACAUGUUAAAUAUAUGCAUGGGAAACUUUCUAAAAAUCCCCAGUACUGUUCAACCAGUCUUGUAAUCCAAGAAACCCUGCUAGACAGUGCAGCCAGGUCCUGCACACUUUGCAGACUAAACUGCAGCUGAGCAAAGCAGCUUUGCCAGAACCC